AUGGACAAUCCGCUCCUGCUGGGACGCAGUGAACAGUCCGAGCCUUCGGGUCCGUCAAUCGAAGAUCGCAUCGCUGAAAGGCAGAAGACUGGUCUCACUUGGGAAGAAUUUAAAGCUCAACUUGCUUCCACUGAGUCGAGAAGCGCUAGAUACUUAGAAAGAUUUGAAAAUGAAGAGUAUCGGAAAAACCUGGACGCCGAUCGAGACCACCGGAGAGCAGCUCAAGAGAAACGAGACUUGGAAGCUCUACGCCGAGCUAGGAGGAUUCGGGAAUCACGGAAGAAGCGUAGUUUGUCUGCAUCCAGCGAUAGCGGUGAUGAUCGACGGGAGAGGGAGAAGAGGAAGAAAUCGAAGCGAUCGUCAUCGAGAACUGAUCGGAAGUCUAAGAGUUCCCGUCGAAGUCGUUCCUUGAGCGAUGAGGCUUCAAGGAGCAGAAAGAAAAAAGCCAAAAAAGAGAAGAAGAAUAAGAAAACAAAUAUUGAUAGCGACUGA